AUGGCACCAUCCUCGACAUUUGUUGGACUGCCAGUCAUCCCGCCAGAGGACCCGUCACUCAACGCUACUUCACCGAAGCCGCGUGGCAUCCAAAAAGUCUUCGAGGCACGCGAGCAAGCUGAGGGCGCGGGGGCCACUGUCCGCCGUUCAAUCGGCACACCUAAACUCAAGAACUUCACCCCUUUCUUAAUGCUCGAUCACUUCAGUAUAAGCCCCGGCGCCGGCUUUCCCGAUCAUCCGCACCGCGGUCAGGAGACUAUUACCUACUUGCUGCAGGGUGCGGUAGACCAUGAGGACUUUGCUGGCCAUAAAGGCAGGAUCAAUUCUGGCGACCUGCAGUUUAUGACCGCUGGGCGUGGCAUCGUUCACGCAGAGAUGCCAUAUGAUGACGGUCAAGGCACCUCGAACGUCGGAAUGCAGCUGUGGGUCGACCUUCCCAAAGACCUCAAGAACUGUGAACCUCGUUACCGGGACGUCAAGGCUUCGGAGAUUCCGAUGGCAACCGGAGACGAUGGCAAAGUGACCGUCAAAGUGAUCUCCGGCCGCAGCUACGGUGUAGACAGCUUGCAGGAACUGGCUUACACACCAGUCUGGCUUCUGGACGUCACGGUGAGGCCAGGCGGUAAAUACGUACAGAACCUACCAGCCGGCUGGAACGCAUUCGCCUAUACUCUGAAAGGCACAACGACGUUUGACACGGGCGCCACCACUCAGCAAGUCCCGAAGUAUCACAAUACCGUUUUUGAGCAAAAGGGCGACCAAGUCAUAGCAAGUGUUCCGGCAGAUGCCAAGGAGUCGGCGCAGUUCAUCCUCGUUGCGGGCCUACCACUUGACCAGCCGAUUAUCCAGUAUGGUCCGUUCGUCCUUACCGACCCGACUCAGGUACGGCAGGCAAUGUUCGACUACUCGACGUAUACGAAUGGCUUUGAGCGGGCGAAAGAUUGGGCCAGCGAAAUCGGCAAGGUGAUGAUGUGA